AUGAAGUCUCAACCAAGUUCUUCCCAGACCGAAAAAAGGACUUUUAGCCAGGUGUUUUGGGCUGUCUUUCCUCAUGCCUGUUUUCUCUGUUCCUUAGUUAUCUAUGCAUUGCUGGGUGCCCUCAUGUUUUCCCACGUUGAGGGCAACAGAGAGAGCAAUGAAACUGAUGCAUACAGGAAAUUCAUGCUGAGUCUUUGGAAUCUCUCUAAGGAUUUGUCAGAAAAUGAGACCUCAAAUGAAAUCUUUAAGAACAGGACACACGAACUGCUCAGUGAUAUUGACUUCAUAUGGUUUACCAAUCCCAAAAAGAAAUGGUCCUUCCUCGGCUCUCUCUUUUUCUGCUGCACUGUGUUCACAACAGUGGGUUAUGGUCAUACUUAUCCCGUGACAAGACUUGGGAAAUAUUUGUGUAUGCUGUAUGCUUUAUUUGGCAUACCUCUGAUGUUCUUGGUUCUCACUGACAUGGGAGACAUCCUUGCAGCUAUAUUAUCUACAUCUUACAAUAAGGUGAGACAACUACAGUCAAAACUUUUAAGCAGACUCUCUUGCAAACGUUACUGCAAAAAGAGGAGAGAGUCAAAACCAAGAUCAUCAUCAGUUAGACAAAACAAAAUAGUACUUCGUGAACCUUUAAAUAUCAGGGAAGUGUUGCAAAGUAAUUCUUCCUGUAAAAAAAAGUCUGGGCAAUAUCGAAAUGUUGAAAUGUUUGAAAAGCUCAUUGCUAGGGAAAAUGAGUUCCUUGCACCACCAAAACUUGCCAGAUUUGAACGAUGGAGUUCUUGUCCUGAACUAGACAAAAGGGCUAUGAUGAAUCACAUGAUUGACAACAUUGACAACAUAGGGAAAGAAGUAGAAAAACUGGAUGUACCCUUUCUAUUGAUGACUUUUAUUGUCUUUGCAUACAUUUCCUGUGCUGCUGCUAUUCUUCCACACUGGGAACAUGAUUUAAAUUUUGAGGGUGCAUUCUAUUUUUGCUUUAUUACCUUAACAACAAUUGGUUUUGGUGAUGUCAAACUGCGGCACCCCAACUUUUUCUUGUUCCUCUCAUUUUAUAUUGUGGUGGGCAUGGAAAUUGUGAUCAUUGCUUUCAAGCUGGGACAAGAUAGACUUUUAAGCCUGUACAAAAAGCUGAUUUUCUACAUUGGUCAGAAAAACAUUCAACACAAAACAGUAUGA